CUAUAGUUGGGGACAAAAAUACGUACUCUCUGAGUCUCUGAUCGCAUUGUUGAGCCGGAGGGAGGGAGGCCGGUCGGUCUGUUGGAUGCUAGAACCUUCUUGUCUUUGUAGCGAGUGUAACCAAACAUAAAAAUAAACCGGGUUCAUUUGCCAGUCCGGUUUUCCUCCCCAUUUGCAGGAUCGUGGUGGCUAGGGUUUCCGAUCAACCCUAAAGCGCAAUUCGUUUCCUUCUCCUUCUCCACCAGGAUCUUGAUUUCUUGUCUCUCCCCUCUUCUCUCUCUUCGAAGCUUCCCAAUUUCUACCUCCCCGUUUGGGGCCCAUCUUUGAAAACCCUCGGCGAAGUUUGGUUAAUUAUUUAAUCGGCGGUCUUAAUGGCGGAGCACUUAGCUUCGAUCUUUGGCACCGAGAAGGACCGCGUGAACUGCCCCUUCUACUUCAAGAUCGGGGCGUGCCGCCAUGGUGAUCGAUGCUCUCGUCUUCACAACCGGCCCACGAUCUCUCCGACUCUGCUCCUGUCCAACAUGUACCAGCGUCCCGACAUGAUCACCCCCGGCGUUGAUGCCCAGGGUCAGCCCAUCGAUCCUCGCAAAAUUCAGGAGCACUUCGAAGAUUUCUACGAGGACAUCUUCGAAGAGCUCAACAAAUUCGGCGAGAUUGAGAGCCUCAACGUCUGCGAUAACCUCGCUGACCACAUGAUUGGCAACGUCUAUGUGCAGUUCAAGGAGGAAGAUCAGGCCGCCGCUGCCUUGCAGGCUCUCCAAGGCCGCUUCUACUCCGGCCGCCCCAUCAUUGCUGAUUUCUCGCCGGUCACCGAUUUUCGCGAAGCCACGUGUCGACAAUUUGAGGAAAACAACUGUAAUCGUGGCGGUUACUGUAAUUUCAUGCACGUGAAAAUGAUUGGAAGGGAUUUGAGGAGGAAGCUCUUUGGGAGAUACCGUCGUUUCCGGGGAAGUCGGAGCAGGAGCAGGAGUGGGAGUCCCUCUCAUUUCCGACGGGAAAAUGAAAGGCGCGGAGAUUAUCGAGACCGGGAUCGUGAUUACCGCGGCAGUGGGCGUAGGAGUGGGGACAGGCAUGGGAGGUAUGACAGUGAUGGUGGAAGGAGGCGGCACGGCAGUCCUAAGCGAGGCAGGAGUCCGAUAAGGGAGGCGAGCGAGGAGCGCAGAGCCAGGAUUGAACAAUGGAACAGAGAGAGGGAAGAGAGGCAGUGAUGCGAUUUUAAGGGAGUCCCUCACUUUUGGAACUGGCUAUGACAAUUUUUCUCUUGUUGUAUAGUGUAUGCAAAAUGAUCUAGAGAAGGCAACAUUGCAGUGGAUAAUGGUGUAUGAGUUGUCAGAAGCCAAUUAUAUGUGCAAGGCAGCCAAGAAAUGAAGAGAACUAGGUGAAGGAAGGAGCAAGAGGGAGGGAGGGGAAAAGCAUGAUACCUCAAAGCAAAGCUGUUCAUCCCAUGAACCUCGUGGUGAUAAACUAUCUGCCACUUGCCAGAAAAAUAGGAGAGAAAAUAUGAGAAAAUGUAGGCUACUCUAUUUCUGUUCUUAUCCCACAUGCACACUGAUGUAAUUUAAUGUUUUAUAUUAUUCAGCCGUUUGGAACUCUCAUAGGAAUCACAGGGUUUCAGGUUGGACGGCCUUGAUAGUCCCUCAGUGAUGUUGCCGUGCAAAUUUGCGAAUUCUCCCUUUAUUUUUUCGUUCUUGACAGCAUGCCUGGGUCACAGCUGGUUUUGCAGGUCAUGUUCAUUUAAUAGGUUUUGCGUGGCACCGACUUUCCUUGGAAGAAUGCUUGGUUUCACGGAUUCAAUACCGUGCCUGGUGCAGUUUCUCUAACAUUGUUGGAGGAAAUCUCAAAUGCUCGCUACAAGGGGCCCUCGUUCUUGUCUUUUUUUUUUUUUUUUUUUUGUCCUCUUGGUUUGUGGCCUCAUUUCUUUUGGUGUGGGCUCUACUGGAAUUCUCAUCGAACUGCCUUUGUUCGAAUUACAGCUGACAGGCUGGGAUCUGUGUUGUGAAGGGCUUUUCUUAAGGUUUAUUGCCUGCAUCCGAGCAGGAAAAAAAAAAUGUUUCUUCUUAUAGUCAUAUAAAUCUUCAUAUCUUCUGGGUUGCAUUGAUAUUCCUGGUGCCAGUCAGGUUGCUUCGAAAGUCAUAUUUGUAUUGAGUGGCGUUAAAAUUUGUGUUGACCAGUUAAACAGUCGCAGUUAUUAUUUUUCCUGAACUGCAACAUCCGUUUAUUUACGAAGCCUGUGAGUGGCAAUGGGUAAGUGGCGUUUAAGAUGGUCUUCAGCACUUGGAUGAUGAUAGGCGGCGUUAAAUCUUUGGUAUCUUCCCUCUUGAAUUGGAUUGUUGAACAACGAGCUUUUUCUUAGUUAUCAACGUUGGACAGUCUUCCAUAGUGAGUUGGAGAGACGAAUAGCUUUUUUUUUUCUUUAGGUUUUCAACUUUUGACAUCCUCUCUGUUGAAUUGGAGGGAAGUAGGUUGUCUGUUAGGCAAGGAUGUAGAGUUCUAUUGCUAUCAUCCCCAAGUUUUAAUCUCAGUAGGUUCGGUAAGUCUUUUAACUCUUUUACGUCUUUAUCUAGAAUUAAUGUCUAAAGAUCUAAUGGUAAUAGUUUCCAAUGUUGGUUGUGUUGUUGAACUCUUCUUUUAUCUGAACUCGAACCGUCUGUAACAUGGAAGAAUGUCACGGACAGUCGAGUUGAGGGGGGAGGUAUACUGGCGAAAAUGAAACUGAUGCCUGUAAAAUAAUUGAGUGAAAGCAACUAACUUUGAAGUUUAUUAUUGUAGAAUGACACAAAAGCAUUCCAUCAGGUCAUUUCCCAUGUGUGAGUGUGAAGUGCAUGUAGUUAUAUUAAUAUAUUAUUGUUUUUCUUUCAACUUAAAGAGUUAUAAUUUGGCAUUCAAAGUAUUAUCUAAAAAAUCCAAAUAGAGCAAAUGUGUAAGUUUUAUAUAACUCAAUGAGUCGAUAACAAAAUAAGUUCACGUCCACACUGAUGUCAUAGAGUGUGAUAGCGUGCAUAGGAGAACUAACAACUAAUCAGUACAUAAUUUUAAAGUUCAAAUCACUUUCCUUCUUAAUAUGUAAGUAUAUAUAAAUUUUAUUCCAUAACCACAAACAAAGGUUUCUUACGUAUUUGGAUCAACCCCAAAUAGCAAGCUUUUAUAUUGUAUUUUCAAACUCUCAAUAUAAUAACGAGGUAGUAAAAAUUUGGAAAAUAAUAUAUAGACAAAGAAGUGUGAAUUACUCUAAUUUAUAAAUUAAUUUACGGGUGGUGAGCUUUUUUUUUUAUUAUUCUUUCUAAAAUCUCUUUUCUUUGUAUUGUACCCUUUUUAUGUUACAAUAUGAUCCCCUUCUUUUCUUUAUGGGUGAUGAAAAUGAUGAUAAGAAUUUAAAGUUUAGAACUUAUAAUUUUAUGAUCACACGAGCAAGGGUGAAUUUAGGAGAGGAAUAGAUUGAGUUUGAGUUUGAGUUUGUGUUAAUCUCAACCUUCACGUAAAUAUAUACAUGUAAAUUAGUUAUUUAGACCAUAAACCAACUUCUGAGUAAAGAAAAGAGGAGAAUACGGAUCAACUCCUAUCUUUUCAUUCUCUUUCUCUUCUUUCACAUUCACAGAUCAGUUUAUGCGUUCUAAAUUCUCACAUCCACCCCUACACACGAGUUUAUUUUUUGUUACCUUACAAGUUUAUCUAUUUUAAGAAUUGAUGGAUAUAAUUAAAAAAAAUUAUGUGUUACCAAUAAAACUAAAAUGAAUAAAGGUUGAAACACUAUUUCGUCUUUUAUUUAUAUAUAACUAUUUAUGUUGGUGUCAUCAAAUAUUCCAUAUUAUUUUUAGUUUGUCUCAUGUGUAAAUAUCCAUUAUCCUAACAAGAGAUUUGCUAAU